CUUGCAUAUCGAAUCACCCAACUUUAAGAAGACCUCCGUCCAUUCGCGGCAUCAACCUACAACACAACUUGCUUAUCGAGAGAAACGGCCACAGCAACGUCUAUAUCAUCGAAAUCUACAAACGAAAAUGGACUCCGUGAAGAGAGCUCUCGACAAGGGCAUGGACAAGGCUACUAACCCCAAGGAUGAGCCCCAAGUCCUCAACAAAUCCUCCUCCUCUUCACAAUCCCACGCACUCAACAUCAACCCCAACCUCACCGACCGCCAUCCUUCGCUGACAGGCAGCGGCGGCGGCGGCUUCGAUCAGCAACAUCACCACGUCGUCGGGGAAAUGCCGCAGCCGGGAUCGGGCCAGAGGAGCGUGGGGUCGACGGGGGCGGGGAUAAAUACUUCUGGUAUGAAAGCCCCUACUGCAGGUGCAGGUGGUCUUUGAGCGUUGCGAUGGUUAUCUACCUACCUCUAUGCUUUGAAAGAGCAAGCGAGCGAGCGUGCGAGCGAUGCCGAUACCUAAUCCUUGGCAAUGAUGACUUUUUUUCUUUUCCUUCUUAGCGGGUGAUGUUUUUUUUGUUUGGG